ACGUUAACAUCAUUCAGCAAGUCGAAUCCAUUUUAUUUGAUAUUGUUUUAGAGCAGAGAAACAGCAGACGAGUGUUUGGAGGCAGAGCUUCAGUUACAGUGAUGAAAUGAACAGAGAGGUGGGUGAUGACUCGUCCUUUCAGCAGGUUAAACAGAGAGAGUAAACAGUGCUGGAGUUAAUGUGUAAACCUGCAGGAGGUCAGGAUCUGACCCGUUCUUCAGUCUGUCAGAGAUCGUCUGGACCUCAGGAGGAUCUGAUGGAUCUGGUUCAGCUCUUCACUCUGUCUGUGUGCUGCUGGACGGCAGCAGCCAGGUCGUACUGGUCAAAUAAACCCAGGAUCAUCAUCGGCAGCCCAGAGAUCAUGGAUGGGGAGUCGGUGGAGGUCUCCUGCACUGUGCCCAUCGACUACACCGGAGGAGACUGUCGUCUGUUCAGAGGAGACUCUGACGUCCCGUUCAGAGUAAUGACAGCUUUCAGCUACGUCUGCGUCUUCAACCUGUCCUCCCAGGUGCUGCUGGGAAACAAGCCGGUCGGCAGUAAGAUCUUACUCAGGUGUGACUACGCGCUACAGAGCUACGUCUCCGUGUCCAGUGACGAGUGUGGAGUCAUCGUCUCAGGCAGCAGUCCCAGUCCCAGACUGUCAGUCAGCCGUCACUUCCUCUCACCUGACGACAGCGUGGAGGUCACCUGUUUCCCCCCGACCGCCUCCGUCUCCAGCUGUCACUUCUACAGAGAUGAGGUCCACGUGGCACAGGGGUCCUGCAGCAGAAACCUGACAGGCCGGCAGCUCGCUGUCUGGGAACAACCGGUCCUGCUGCUCCGGGUCAACCUCACCUGCAGAUACGACCCACACAGAGAGCUCUACAUCCACUCUGAGCCCAGCAACCUCCACCUGCUGUUUGUAGUCGAUGUGAGUGGAGUCACGUCGUCUGUCGACUGUAAAGUGUCGGUGAGUGACGAUCAGCUGGAGACUCUGAGCAGCAGCUGGACGUCUGGAGGAGACGAACCCAGGGUCAAAGUUCAACUGACAAACAGCAGCCUGACGCUCAACCAGACCUGUAACUACACACAGUAAUGUAACUACAGUAAUGUAGUAACACAGACACACUAACAGAUGGAGGCAGUGGUAUUCCAGCAGCUCCUGGUUAAAUCCCUGUUUUUGUCAGUGGAGUCUGGUAGAGAUAUAUAGAGAUGUUUUAAAAGGCCCAGGUUCAAAAAUACUGGAGUAAUGUUUUAACUACAGAAAGUCUGAAGUUCACUUAAAUAAAUGAUCAGUAAAACAUC